AUGAUCUAAUUAUUUCAGAAGAUGUUGGGGCAAGUAUCUUCAAUGGGCAGAAGAAGGUGCUGUAUUAUGCGGAUGCCCUGACAGAAAUAGCUUUUGUUGUCCCAUCACCAGUGGAGUCCCUAACUGAUUCACUGGAAAGCAAUGUCUCCGACCAAGAAAGCGAGUCCAACAUGGAUCUGCUGCCAGGAAUAUUGAAGCAGCAGUCUCUGACACUUGAACUCUUCCCCAAUCAUACAGACAAUCUUAAUCCCUCACAACGGCUCAGUCCUACCUCCAGAUCCAAGAGGGUGCCUCAGGGCCGGACCAUUCCACCAGUGGGACCUGAAACCAAAGUGUAUGUGGUCUGGGUGGAGCGUUAUGAUGAUAUAGAAAACUUCCCCCUCCCUGAUCUGGUGUCCGAGACUAGCACUGGUGUGGAAACUACAGCCAAUAGCAGCACUUCCCUAAGAUCUGCCAUUCCUGAGAAGGAAGUUCCUGUGAUCUUCAUCCAUCCUUUAAACACUGGCUUAUUCAGGAUAAAACUACAAGGAGCAACUGGGAAAUUCAACAUGGUUAUCCCCUUGGUGGAUGGAAUGAUAGUCAGUAGGAGAGCUCUUG